ACCCACCCACCCGAAGCUCUCUUCCUUUCCUCUCUGGCCCCCUCCCCCGCCCCACUUCCCCGUCAGGACUGCCUUGUGGGCCUUCCCUACAACCCCACCCAUUUGCCCUUACACCUUUUACACCGUUAAGAAUAAAUACCUUUAGGCAUCUUCUUAUCUAGAGAGGGCUGCAGCAUUUCCCCAUAGCUUCCCCCACUUUUGUAAGGCCUCCUUUACCUUGCAUUUGCCCUGAUUUGGGUUCCCACCCACCCCGAAAUAAAGAGCCCAGAGGCGAGGCCCAGAGAUCGCUUUGCUGCAGAUCUCUGCCAGCCGUAAUUGGAAGUCCCCUCCCUUACACCUUGGCCCAGAGAUCCCUUUCUCCCCUUUUGCUGCAGCCAUGCCCCCAUCGCUUCCCCUUUAGCCCUCCUCCCCUGCACGUCUUCCCUUCUGCAGAUCCUCUGAAGGGGCUGUAGAUGCCCAGUCCUCCGACCCAGAGGCCUUCCUCAUCCAAGGAAGCCCGCGACAGUUCCCUGUGAGCCCUCUUCUUUGAUUGGAAGAAGGUGGAGGCGGUGGUGGUGGUCCGGGGUGUACUCCCCACCUCCCAUACCCUGGAGCUGGAGCCACAAGGGAACACAGUAUCCAGGCAGCAGCCAAGACUUACAGAUGUUGCCAUGAUAGCUGGCCAAUGGAGAAGUCAGUGACUCAUGCUUCCACUGAAAUAUCUGAAGAAAUCUUGUGGAAACUGAAAAGGUAAAGGGUAAGAGUGAGGCCUAGCCCCUUCCACGGCCAUCAUGCCGUCGAAUGCCCGGGCUGGCAGCUUGAAGGACCCUGAGGUGGCUGAACUUUUCUUCAAGGAUGACCCAGAGAAGCUUUUUGUUGACCUGCGGGAGAUUGGGCAUGGCAGCUUUGGCGCUGUCUACUUUGCCAGAGACAUACGCAACAAUGAAGUGGUGGCCAUCAAGAAAAUGUCCUACAGUGGGAAGCAAUCAAAUGAGAAGUGGCAAGACAUUAUCAAGGAGGUGAAGUUUCUGCAAAAGCUGCGACACCCAAACACAAUAGAGUAUAAGGGCUGCUAUCUACGAGAACAUACAGCAUGGCUGGUGAUGGAGUACUGCCUAGGUUCAGCCUCAGACUUGCUGGAAGUGCACAAGAAACCACUGCAAGAAGUAGAGAUUGCAGCCAUAACUCAUGGCGCCCUGCAGGGGCUUGCGUACCUGCAUUCGCACAACAUGAUACACAGAGAUGUGAAAGCUGGGAAUAUACUGCUGACAGAACCAGGACAAGUGAAGCUGGGGGACUUUGGCUCAGCCUCCAUCAUUGCUCCUGCUAACUCUUUUGUUGGCACUCCAUACUGGAUGGCUCCUGAGGUGAUCCUAGCCAUGGAUGAGGGACAGUAUGACGGCAAGGUGGAUGUCUGGUCUCUUGGCAUCACUUGCAUCGAACUUGCGGAGCGCAAACCACCUCUCUUUAACAUGAAUGCUAUGAGUGCCUUAUACCACAUCGCCCAGAAUGAUUCUCCUCUCCUCCAGUCCAGUCACUGGUCUGAAUAUUUCCGGAACUUUGUGGAUUCGUGCCUGCAGAAGAUCCCCCAGGACCGCCCAACCUCUGACGUGCUGCUCAAGCAUCGCUUCCUGUUGAGAGAACGACCUCAGACAGUUAUCAUGGACCUGAUCCAACGGACUAAGGAUGCUGUAAGGGAGCUUGACAACUUGCAAUAUCGCAAAAUGAAGAAAAUCCUUUUCCAGGAGGCGCAGAAUGGCCCAAAUGCUGAAGCACCAGAAGAAGAGGAGGAGGUGGAACAGUUUCUCCACCGGACAGGCACCAUUAACAGCAUGGAGAGCAGCCAUUCGGUGCCCAGCAUGUCCAUCAGUGCCAGCAGCCAGAGCAGCAGUGUCAACAGCCUGGCAGAUGCCUCCGAUGAUGACGAUGGGGCUGAGAUCGCCAUGAUGCAGGAAGGCGAGCACACAGUCACCUCCAACAGCUCAGUCAUCCAUCGUCUCCCGGGCCAUGACAAUUUGUAUGAUGACCCCUACCAGCCUGAGAUGGAGCCCCAGAGCUCAUCCUCAGCUGCCCGACGCCGUGCCUACUGCCGCAACCGAGACCACUUCGCCACCAUCCGUACUGCUUCCCUGGUGACUCGUCAGAUCCAGGAGCAUGAGCAAGACUCAGCCCUGCGGGAUCAGAUGAGUGGCUACAAGCGGAUGCGGCGCCAGCAUCAGAAGCAGCUCUUGGCUCUAGAGAACAAGCUCCGGGCAGAGCUGGAUGAGCACCAGCUGCGGCUGGACAAGGAGCUGGAGGCCCACCGCAACAACUUCUCUGCUGAGGCUGAGAAACUGGCCAAGAAGCACCAAGCUAUUUUUGAGAAGGAGGCAAAGGCAGCCCUGGCAGAGGAGAAGAAAUUCCAGCAACAUAUCUUGGGCCAGCAGAAGAAAGAAUUGGGCAACUUACUGGAAUCACAGAAGCGCCAGUAUAAGCUGCGCAAGGAGCAGCUCAAAGAGGAACUGCAAGAGAACCAGAGCACACCCAAGCGGGAGAAGCAAGAGUGGCUGCUGAGGCAGAAAGAGAAUAUGCAGCAUUAUCAGGCUGAGGAAGAGGCCAAUCUUCUGCGUCGUCAGCGGCAAUACUUUGAGUUGCAGUGCCGCCAGUACAAACGCAAGAUGCUGCUGGCACGCCACAAUUUGGACCAGGACCUGCUGCGGGAGGAGUUGAACAAAAAACAGACGCAGAAGGAUCUUGAGUGCGCUAUGCUGCUGCGCCAGCAUGAGUCCACCCAGGAACUGGAGUUCCGGCACCUGCACACCGUCCAGCGCACCCGCACAGAGCUCACUCGCCUACAGCACCAAACUGAGCUUUCGAAUCAGCUGGAGUACAACAAGCGUCGUGAGCAGGAGUUGCGCCAGAAACACGCCAUGGAGGUCCGGCAACAGCCUAAGAGCCUCAAAGUAGGUGCUACCUACACCUCGCCUUGCUGCCAGUGUUGCCCGGAAGGGCAGGAUGAAGGGUUUCUGGAGCCAGGGCGGGGGCCUCCGGGGGUUCUGGAAAUGGACAAAUGUGAGCCUCAAGUUCUGGAGUCUGUACCAGACCAGUUGGGUGGGCCUGGUCCUUGUGACUGUUUGGCUGGGCUUCACAAGCAUCUGGUGGAUUCAGAUGCAGGAUGUGCACAUGUUGGGUACCUUGGCCUAGAAGGGUCAGAAUUGGCUGUUCUGAAAUCAGGCAAUCUUUGUUGUGAUGAUCUAGAGCAUUACAAACAUUUCGGAGAGACUUUAGAACCAGUUCAGGAUGAUACUAACAUUGUAGACUUAGGAAUAAAAGGUCCAGACCUUUUAGAGAAGUGCAUCCAUGCCAGGGCGAUUCUGAAUCCUGAGCUAGACUACCAUGGACAUAUGGUUCUAGAGUACAGCCAGGAGGAGGAAGAUUAUCUAGAUCAGAAUCUGUCUCUGCGGGCUCUUAUUAAGGACUUGUCACAAAAGAGAGCUCUGGAUCUAGGUGAGCAGGGUUUAGAAGCUUUGGUGUCUGAACUGAGGAGUUCUGGAGAUGUAGAUUUGGUUUGGCAGCGCUUAACUGAUGUCAUUCCAGAUGGUCAGGAAGUUACAGCUCUCGAACAGAGAUGCCUUGGGCUUGAAGGAAAGGAGAGUGGAGUCUGUGAAGAAGGACAGGUUCUAGACUUCAGUGGAUCACUCUUGAAACAGCAAGAGGGAGCAGCAGGUUUAGAAUUAAGCCAGAAGUUUCUUGAGGGAGUGGAUCAUUACAGAGACGGUUCUAGAGUUUUGUUACCAAUCCGGGGCUAUCCAGGUGUUGCUGAACCUGAUGGGCAAGAGGCUGAUAAGCUAGAGCCAUUUAGAUAUGAAGAGGAUUUAUACCCCCAUUCUUUACCACCUAUUGUAGAGGAAGGAGCCCUGCGAGGCCCAGGGGAUGGCUGCCCAGCCCCUGAAGACCCCUGCAGUCAACUGAGCAAUAGCAAAGCCCACCCUGUCCCAGCUCCAGUAGCAGCCAUUUUGCCUCAUGCGCUCUGUGUCGCUUUGGCAUUGUUGGUCUCUGCCUAUCCCUGUGCCCCAACUCUCCUGCUGCUCCUGGCUGCUCUUUGGGCCCAGGGUGGAGGGUUUCAAGAUAUCCUUCUGGCCCUUGAGGGUGGGCUGGUGGGCUUGGGGGUUACAUACACCCUGUUGCACUCUAUUUUUCUCCUCUCUGGUUCCUCCUUUCUACUGUUGGCCAAGAUGGCAGGAGCAGUGGGUGUGGUGGGCCUAAGUGCCAGUAGGGGCCGCUUGUAUGUGCCAGUCAUCCUCCUGGCAUCCUACCUUUUAGCAUCCCCGUGGCUUUUCUUGCCCCUAUAUCUCUUAGGGGCAAUGGCAAGACAUAGCCUGAGGGGAUUCCCCCGCCGUGCCCGCCGUUUUUGGCUGCUGCUCCUCCUCCGCCUCCCGCGCCCAGCUUUCCGCAUCCUGCAGCGUCUGGGUAUGGUUAGUGAGCGAGGGCUCUUCCGCCUCUUUCCCAAAACUAACAAAGGCGGCUUCCGUAGCCGUAUCCCGGUGCUGUCGCGACUACGGCAGCCACCUCUCCCCUGGCACCACAGAGUCAUAGCUCUCCUUGGCAAGCCAAUUUGCAGCCUCAACAAACUCCUCACCAAGGUAAUUUGUGCCCAGUUGCCGCCUUCUGCUCUGCGCUGCCUCAAGGGGCUGCAUGUCUUGCGCGAGGAAAAGCCUAGCCGCAUACCCCGCCUCUUGAACCGCACAGCCAGGCCAAGAGGUCAUUCCAUGGGCUUUGCAAGACGUUUGAGUCGGCGAAGUCGUGGGCAGGCUACCCAGCCUUCCAAGAAGCCCUGGAGAUAAUGGGCCUUGACUAAUCAAAAGGAGCACAAGCCUCCUCUAAAAGAGAGGUAAUUCUGAUGCAUCUUGGAUGCCCUGGUCCUUAGUCUAUCACACAGAAUUUGGCCAAUCUCUGGAAUUCUGAGAGAAGAGCCAAAGCCACUUGCAGUAUUGAUAGUGAAAGCUACUUCAUUCCUCCCUUUGUGUAAUAUUGCCAUAGAGGGAGAUAGGUCAAUGUCUUAAUGCCAGGGGAACCCAAGCAGGGUCUGCUGGACGAAAGGAGUCUUGACAUGGGGAGGAGGAACCAUGGGUUUGAGCCAGCACCCUAUUUGUUCACAUUUUGGUGUUGCUGUGUGUUCAUUAUCCCAACGAGGAAAGAAUCAUCUAAUGCCCUUUUGAGCUGGCAGUUUGGGUGGGUUAAAAGAAAUUGUUCUAUGUGGGCUGGCUGGGGAAAGACAAAGAAUUUUGUGUUGUGGGUGAAGCUGAAAUCCUUUAAAAUUGAGAUGUGAGAUGUAUGUGUGUUAAUGCAUUUGUAGGUUUGAACCUAACAGGCCCUGAAUCAACACACCUCAAAGAAAAGAGUAGUUUGAUAAUAAGAGCUGCAGGCUUGCAGAAACUCUCUCUGGUAGCCUCCUUUCAAACAUCUGGGCACAGUUGCUCUCUGUUGAAAUAUACUUUGCACAAGGAGGCAAUCCAGGUGUUCCGGGUUUUGACAGCAUAACAAGGCCAACAAAAGGUUGGAUGGUGUUGCGGCUUAGAGUAUUAAUACGAAUGGAAUGUGAUCUAGAGCUUUGAGAUAAUACUUUUUGGGCUAUUAUUCCUUUAAUUCCCCCAAGAAGAUAGGCCUGUGGCUAUGGCUGCUGGGGAAUUCUGGAAGAUGUAGCCCUAGAAAGUACCUUUUCCAAGAUCUGUUUCUGUUUUGGAAAAGUUUCCACUCUGUUUUGACCUGACAUGGAAGCUGAAGAAAUUAAAAGGGUGCACAUGUUUCAAGAAAGCAGACUCCUCCCAGCUCCUCAGGGCUUUCUAAUUUUAGGUGAUUCUUUCGCCGUUCAAAUAUAUAUAUUUUCCACAAAUUUAUAAAUAUAUAUAUAUAUUUAUCAUUUCCCACCCUAUUUGUAACAUCCCCCUUCAUUUCACUUUUUUUGUUUGUUUUGACUUGAAUGUAUAUAUACUUCUGUGUGUAUGUAGGACUAAGGCUUGGUAACCAUGAUAUAAAACAGUUUUGUGGGACGGGAAAAAGAGAGAUAAUGUGAGAUUUUUAUUUUUUUUAAAAUAUAAUCUAACCAAAAAUGGGAGAAAUCUACAGAAAAGAACCAUUAGGUAGUCCGUCGUCCCCCCUCCCCCCAAAGUGACAGAUAAUAAUGGAAAACCGCAUUCUUGGCCUUUGAAACUGCUUUGGGCCAAUAGUCUUUAUAUAAGCAGUUGAAUUUUAUGGUUUGAUACUUUAAUUUCUGUUGAUAUAAAUAUGGACACAUGCACAUUUUUGUAACAUUACAUAGAAACCUAAGAUGACUUGACAUUUAAUAUCUCCCACAGUGUUGAGAAAGCUGUGGGUUUUGCUAAUGGAGGACCUGAUCUUUUAAAUUUCCCCAUAUGUAGAAAUUUAGAUCACCUCUGCUUUUGUGCUACUUAAUGAAAUAUAGAAACCACUGGAGGAGCUGAGAUGUCUUGGAUUCUUCCUUUUGCCAGGGACUCGAUCUUUCCUUUCCUACCCGUAGAAUCUGGGUGCCCCACUGCUUGGGGUUUAUACCUAUAUAACCACGUUCACCUUCUCCAUUCUUACCCAUUCCUUUACAUCUCUUCCAGUACAUUGACCUGAGAGCUAUUUUAGUGAGCUUUGCUGAAAACAGUUCGGUUCCUCAAGGAUCUCUGUCUCCAGACAUUUCUGGCUUAAGCCAAAGCAGCCAACUUUGUGUUUGGUGGCCCAGUAGCAUCUAGAUGAGAUGGCAGCAUUUCUAACCCAAGCAGCAGCCGUGCUGAAGAGUUAUAUGUAACACAAGUUCCCAUAAAUCUCCCCUGAUAAUGAUGCUUUUGGAAAUCAUUGUCUUGCCUAUUUUACCUCUUAACCAGGAAGCACCAAAACACUAUGGCAGUGUCCACUAGUCCAGGUAUAUUGGACUACAGUCCACAAUUUCUGGAAAGAACCAGGUUGGGUUCGGUCUGAGAUUCUUGAUACAAUUCAUUUGAGUAACUUUGCUGCUAGUUUCUUUUUAAAAUCAAAUUUUAGGAAACAAACUAAUUUGUUUCUGUGAUGAAUGCUGCCACAGACCCACAAAAAUGGCCAAGCAUUUUGUUUGUAUGCAAAUUAUUGGACCUUGGCUUCAUUGGCUACACACAGAACGAUCCACUUCAAGAGUAAAUUUAGUUUCUUUCAGAAGUAUUUCAAGUACACUUCCUCAGGUAGAAUUUUUCACAUUCCUUUUUACCACUUCUGUAGCAGGUGAAGGCUGACCAUGUUUUCAAUCCUUUAAAUAGUUUUGAGAGUAAUAGACUGUAACCCUUAAUAAUUGGGGAUUCAUUUUUAAAUUGUAUCUGUUAAUACUACAUUUUUAUCAUUUUUAAUUAUGUCUUGGUUUUUCUAUUCUUAAUUUGUCCCACAUGUACAUUGAGCACUAGAUUUUGUACUUCUCCCUUUUUUGGUUCAUUUGUAGGUUUUUUUAAAAUUUAUUCCAGUUUUGUUUAUUCAUUGAGUCAUUUUUAGCAUUCUUCUAACCCUUUUUACGGCCAAACAUAGUUUAAUUAAUCCAGAUUCUAUUUUGUUCAUUUUAAUAUUGUACUUGUAUUUCUUCCCAUUUUCAUGUGUGUGUUUGAGCAGUGUUUUUCCCUUACCUUCCUUGCAUAUUUUUUUUGAAUUUCUGUUAAAUAUUUUUAAUUUAUUUCUCCCAAUUGCGUGUGGGGAGAGGUGUUCAUCUGUGGUUUUAUUUAUUUCUCCCUUUCCCUGUUGUGGAUGCAUGUGAAAUUUUGAAGGAAAAAAAAUCAAUAAAAAAAUUCUGCACCACAAUUCAACACCUCCGUAUUGUGAGUUUUGACUUUGAUUUGAUUUGGUUCUUUUCUCACCUUUUAAAUAAAACGAGGCACUAUAAGCUUA